UAACUUGUCAUUCCUUUGGAAAGUAGUCUUGAAUGUGUUACCUAGAACGAACGUAUUGCUGUAAACAAAUUUCAAGAUAUUACAAAACAAACACUUUUUUUUUUUAUAUUUGCAACGCCUUUUGUAAACCACAAGAAACACAAAUAGUUAACAGAGAUCAGGAUGGAGCUUGGCAGAAGUCAAACAAUGUGCGCCUACAAUAUGUGGGGCAUUUGUCGCUUUGGCGAGUUUUGCCGUUUCAACCACGAUUCAAACGAUAUUCCAGUUCCGGAGCAGGUGCAGGAGCAGGUGCAGGAGCAGGAGCAGGAGCAGAAGCAGGAGCAGAUGCCCAGUACGAGCAGCUUCAGUCGUCAGAGGAUGUGGGCAAAUGCGCCCGUCUUUGUGCCCAGCGAAAAGCGAAUGAGUGCCGAAGAGGAAGGGUCCAAGGGAUCUGGAUCGCUUGAAGAGCUCUACCCCAAUAAGAGCCCGUGUUUUUGGGGCGUGGAGUGUCCCUUUUGCGUCCGCCUGGAGCUGUGCAAGUUGUGCGACCUGUACUGUCUACAUCCGCGGGACCAGGAUCAGCGCAGGGAGCACAAUCGCGAGUGCACCCGGCUGCAUGAACAGGCCAUGGAGCUAUCGUUUGCCAUCGACCGCUCCAGGGACAAGAUGUGCGGCAUCUGCCUGGACACGGUGGUCGAGAAGAAGGGCAGGGAGAAGCGGUUCGGCAUCCUGUCCCAGUGCAGCCACAUAUUCUGCCUGCCGUGCAUCCGCACGUGGCGGCAGGCCGAACAGUUCGAGCCUAAGGUAACGCGAGCUUGCCCCGAAUGUCGCGUUUGCUCCGACUUCGUCUGCCCCAGUGCCUUUUGGGUGGACACCAAGGAGGCGAAGGACAAGCUGCUCGGCGACUAUCGCACCGCCCUGGGGGCCAAGGAUUGCAAGUACUUCAAGAGGGGCCUGGGCAGGUGCCCCUUUGGCAACAAGUGCUUCUACAAACACGCCCUGCCCAGCGGCCAGAUCGUUGAUGUGGGCUUGCCUUGGCGUAAUCAAAAGCAACCGACCCGGAACCAAAUACCCAACAAUACUCGUACCAGGCUCCAAAUCUUACUACCAGUUGAUUCAAGUGAUUCCUCCUACUCAGCGGAUGAAUUAUAAGGCUCCUCUCGUCUCGUCUCGUCUCGUCUCGUCUCGUCUCAUCUCGUCUCGGCUCUCGGGGAAUCUUUAAACAGCCACAUGUACCCAAGAGCAUACAAUUAGCAAAUAGUACCAGAACGCAGCGUAUCCAAGCGAUACAUAUUUAAAUGAUACUAAAACAUAAUAUGGAAUUCGCGAAUUUGAAUGAAAAACGUACUAAAUUUACGUUUAUCUUAUCCUCCAAAAUGUUAGCAAAUUCUCCG